AUGCAAUCCAACUCUGCCUCGACAGGUUUCGCCAACCUGCUGAACCCCGACACGUCCUCCCAACAACAGCACCAACUACCCACUACCACCCAACACUCCAACUCUAUGGCUACUGCUACCGUGAGCCUCAUGGCUCCUCUGCUGCAAAACGCCCCGCAGCAGUCGGACGAGCCCCGUCAGGAUCUCCCCAGGCCCUACAAGUGCCCUCUCUGCGACAAGGCAUUCCACCGUCUGGAACAUCAGACUCGCCACAUUCGCACUCACACUGGAGAGAAGCCCCAUGCCUGCACUUUCCCCGGCUGCACAAAGCGAUUUUCUCGCUCCGACGAACUUACUCGACACUCGAGGAUACACAACAACCCCAACUCACGGCGGGGAAAGGGCCAGCAACAUGCCGCUGCCCACCAGGCCGCUGUUGCCGCCGUUCAAGCUGGCCUUAUGGAGCCUGGCUCUGGCCUUGCGCACAUGAUGCCCCCUCCAUCCAAGCCCAUCUCCCGCAGUGCUCCAGGCUCUCAGCUUGGCUCACCGAAUGUGUCACCUCCUCACUCAUUCUCCAACUACUCGCCAAACAUGGGCAACGACUUGGCAGCGUACCACCAGGGCGGCUUCAACAGCAGUAACAGCAACAGCCCCAGCGGCUUAUCCCGCCCCAUGGAUCUGCUGGCAGACGCAGCCUCAAGACUAGAGCAGCGCCCUGGUCACUACUCGCACUCAAGUAGACACCACAUCACGAGCGGCUACCAUCCCUACGCCAGCCGUCUGCCUGGCCUCUCUCAGUACGCGUACUCGUCGCAGCCAAUGUCAAGAUCUCAUUCACACGAGGAUGACGACCCGUACUCGCACCGUAUGACAAAGAAGUCGAGACCAGGCUCGCCAACGUCGACUGCUCCUCCCUCGCCGACUUUCUCUCACGAUUCUUGCAGCCCCACUCCUGACCACACCCCACUCGCAACUCCUGCGCACUCACCCAGAUUACGCCCGCACGGCUUCAAUGACCUCCAGCUUCCUCAUCUACGUCAUCUGAGUUUAAACCAGAACUUCGUACCAGCUUUGGCGCCCAUGGAGCCAUCUACAGAUCGGGAACAACCUUACGUGCCCAGUCAAUCUUCCGGGUUGCGCAUAGGCGACAUCAUCUCAAAACCAGAGGGCGCCCAGCGAAAACUGCCGGUUCCACAAGUACCCAAGGUGGCCGUCCAGGAUCUCCUCAAUGGCCCGAGCAAUAGCGGCUUCUCCUCCGGCAACUCCUCGGCGACUGCUUCGUUAGCCGGUGAGGACCUGUCGCAUCGCAACUAA